AUGAGCAAAGCCUCGGUGAAGACCGGGCGCCUCCUAAACGAGGAGGCAGUGCCGCAGCUGCUGGUUCUACGACCGGGUGCCAUCCGCAUUUAUGCUGCGGACGGGAAGAGCAAGAAACGGAAGCCAGUGCCUGACAACGUCUUGCAGCUUAGCCAUGGCUGCCAGGUUUCACCGCUGCCGCCGACAGGCGUGCAGAUACAGACGCGCGCCCCGUGUGAGGCGAAGUAUGUCUUCCGUGCAGAGUCCGAAGAGGAGAUGAAUCAGUGGGUCGUCGCCUUGUCCAACAAUCUGAAGGACACGGCGCAGAGGCAGGAGGAUCACAUGAAGUUCCUUAGCGAGGGCAGCACGGUCUACAAGUAUAACUAUAGCAACUCCAAGCGAAUGCGACGCCACUUUUGGAUCGAUGCGGAGAAGGUGGAGGGUGGAGCUCUGUUGGGCGCGCUCGCGCAGCGAGGAGCCGCAGACCAUGAGCCUUCGGGACAGCAAAGGUCUGAUCCUGGGCCCGAUGACGACGACCUUCAGGCGCUGCGAGAAUUUGGAGGAUCCUCCAUGGUCUUGCUUCAGCAUCCUAUUUCAGGAUCGCACGCUCGACCUCGCAGUGGCUCCCGCUCACAGUGA